AUGUUCUCCAAUUCAAACAUGAUCUCCGAAGAUCAUCACAAACGAUCGGAAUCUCAUCAUGAUAAUUCUUUAUCAAAUCUUCAAGAGUACAUGAAAGAAAACAAUAACAACGAAACCAAUCCAUCUUCCAUUUCAUCUCAUCCAUCAACAACACCUUUAUCCACAACAACAACACCAUCCAUCAUGACACAACACUAUUUUUUGGAAAAUGCCAAACCUUCAUUGGUUUCUCUCUUUUCAGCUUCUUCGACUGUAUGUGCUUGUAAAGGUGUCAAUCCUGUAACGAAUUCUCAGAAUGUAAGCACUUUUCACAAUGAAUCGACGACGUGCACGAUACAGGAAUCAUCGAUUGUGUCCUCAAAAUCUUCCGAGAUGCCAUUCUCUUCUUCUUUAACAAGUUUGUCAUCUACAAUUUUGAAAACGACGCCUUCUGUGACCUAUCGAUUGAAUGACGAAUUUGAUGAAAUUGAUUUAUUUGAAUCUAUUGCUGAUAUACGAGAUCCGGAACAUCCAUAUUCGUUGGAAGAGUUAAAUAUUGUCAAUGAACAUUCUAUAGUUUUUGACUCGAAUAAUAUUGUGAAAAUAUAUUUCACACCUACGGUCAAGCAUUGCUCUUUAGUGUCACAUAUUAGUUUAUGCAUACGGGAACGAUUAAAAAAUCGAUAUGGAAAGCAUACUUUUACCACAAAAUAUAAAUUGGAAAUAUAUGUGACAGAAGGAUCUCAUAAUGAAGAAGAACAAGUAAAUAAGCAAAUGAAUGACAAAGAAAGAGUCACUGCAGCCUUAGAAAAUCCAUUAAUUAUGGAAUUGGUUCGUCAGUGUAUUAAAGAGGAAUAA